AUGGUAAUAAAUAAAGAAAAAAAAUAAAAAAGAAAUUUCACUCAACGACUCAACUGUUUUUCGACUGUGCAUAAGCGUAAUGUUAAUGUGUGUGAUAAUUAAUUGUUUUCCAUGAUUAGAUCAUUUUUUGAAUGACAGAUAGAAUAAUAAAUACAUAGGUUGUAAAUCUCUUAGUGAACUGUACAUAAAUAUAGCGACUAUUUAUUUAAAUUAACAUUUAUAUUAGUAAACUAAAUUAGAUAAUUACAAUAAACCAUGGCAGUAAAUAUGUUUAGUGUUGUCGAUUAUUAUUUUACUGAUGUUUCUCGUAAAUAUUCAUGUGGGUACUGUAAAAAACGUAAUUCCUACAAACGACAUGGUAUGUGGGCGCAUUCAUUGACAGUUCAAGAUUAUCAAACCCUAAUUGACAGAGGCUGGAGAAGAAGUGGAUCUUAUUGUUACAAACCGCACAAUGAUGAAACAUGCUGCCCUAUGUACACUAUUAAGUGCGAAGCAUUAAAUUUAAUUGUCAGUAAAUCACAAAAAAAAAUAAUAAAACGCGUAACAAAAUUUUUAAAAGACGGAAAAAAAGAUGAUGAUGAUGAUCAUUACAAUAAAAAGAGAAAUAAAAGAACUAAAAUUCAUCAUAAUAAACCUAAUGACGUAGAUGUUUGCAGUAUAAUGGAGCCAGAUUACGCUGAACAUGCGAAAAGCAAAUUUGAGAUUUUGGAGACAGAGAAAAUGUCUGUGGACAUGGAUUGUGAUAACAAACGCGGUACUUGUUGUAACAAUAGUCAUGACGACGGUGAUAAUGUCAGUAACCAACAAGGAAACAAUGAAAUUGAUAAUACUCAAAUGCAACCUGUGACAAUGGUGCAAGAUACUAAUGAAUAUGCUAAUAAUAUAUCUCAGUCAUCGUGUAGUAAAAUUGAUAAAAAAAUUACCAGCGAGUCGACGUCGAGCCACGAGGACAGCGGACUGCCGCGAAAAGCAAAAUUAAUUAGAAUCGAACGGGCUAGAAGCCGUUUACUCGCUAAGGGCAAGACUUUGGAAGAGAUCGAAGCUUAUUAUAAGAAGAAAAAAGAUAAAAAUAAACCUAAAACCAUUGAUGAGUUGUUGAAUUAUGGCACUGAUGGUGUCAAUCAAUUACAAGUGAAAUUAGUGCGAGUAUCCUCAGAAGAAUUCAUGGAAACUUUAGAUGAAAGUGUAGAAUUAUUUAAAAAGUAUCAAAUCGCUGUACAUAAUGACGAACCAGACGAAUGUGAUAAACAAUCGUUUCUUAAUUUUUUAGGGAAGACUCCACUAAAACACUGGAAACCAGAAUCGGGGCCGCCACUGGGAUAUGGUUCAUUCCACCAACAAUAUUGGCUGAAUAAUAAUUUAAUGGCUGUUGGUGUGAUAGAUAUAUUACCUUCAUGUGUAUCAAGUGUUUAUUUUUUCUACGACCCAGCGUACUCUUUUCUUUCGCUCGGUACUUACAGUUCUUUAAUGGAAGUACGCUUGGUAAGGGAGUUAAACAAAACAGUACCCGAUUUAAAAUAUUAUUACAUGGGUUAUUAUAUUCACACAAUUCCAAAGAUGCGUUACAAAGCUAAAAUGCGUCCGUCAAAAUUGCUGUGUCCUGAAACUUACAAGUGGUUUGAUAUCGACAAAUGCAUACCAAAACUUAAUGAAACCAAAUACUCGAGACUUAAUGAUGAUCUGGAUGCACUUGACGAGGACGGUAUCAUUAAUUCCGAGGCGUUAAUGCAGGUUCGUGUUUACUAUCGUGGAAAAAUGACAUAUCAAAAUGUAAGAGGAAUAAGGCGGAUGUUUGGUGAUAAAAAAGAUGACAGUAAUGAAGUUAAAGAAUACGCAGAACUUGUUGGUAAAAAAUGUGCUCACAAUAUGUAUCUAGUAAGAUCUUAAUUAAUAUAAUUAUUUACUCAAUAAUAAAUAUGUCUAUAAAUAUAUAUAUAAGUCGGCGCUAUUGUUUUGAUGACUAAAAAAAAUAAUUAAUAGAAAAAUAACAAAAAGAAAUAUAAAUUUUUAUCUGUUACUUAUUAGAUUAUAAUUAACGUAAUAAGUGUCCUUGAUAAUAAUACUCCGUGAGUUUGUUACAGAUUGGGUAUUAUUAUAUAUAUAGCUAUAUAAUUGUAUAACGAUAAUUUACCUCGUGUUAUAUAAGAAGAAAACUAUCAUUCUAUACUUCCUGUCAUACGAGUUGGAUUAAAAAAUAUAAAAAUAUCAGCAUCAAACUAUUGACAAUCCACGACAAAUUACGAAAUUAUUUUUUAUCAUAAAUAAUAUUUUACUGACCCAGCGAAUAUUUAAAAACUUGGGUUCAAUAUUCAUCGACAUAAAAUAAUAAUCAAUCAAAGUAUCAAAUUUUUUUUAAGUUUUUGUAGUUGAUGUUGGUUCUGCUUGAUUAGUAUUUAUGGCAGCAAGUCGACUGGGGUCAGAUGAUCGCACUUCGUUCCAACUUUGAACUUCCCCGCUUCCACCGAUAAUAAAUAUUAACAUACAAACGAUGCAGACAAUGGCGCCCAUCCAAAAAAGUAUUUGCCAUUUUUCAAUAGGAUGCUGGUUUAAAAAAUAUACCCAAUUAUUUUUUAUAAUUAUUUGUUAUUUAUAUUAAUGACAGCGUGUGAUAUUUGCGGCAUGUGCAUUAAUCACUAAUUAGCUUUCGUACUAAAAGUAUUAAUUAACGUAGAAACGAAAGUUAAUUAGUAAUGAAUGACGGGAUUAAGGACAAAAAUCCUCAAAUGUCGUACUGUGAUUUGCAAUUAAUAUAUUUAUUAAUUAAUAAAUAUUAGCGAGUGAUAUUUGAGCGAUGAAAAGCAGCCACAAUUACUCGAUUACUUUCCGUGCUAUAAUUUUUACUAUACAGUACAAAAAGUACUGAGUAAUUGGAGUCUCCAAUUAAUUUUCUAAAUGCUGCUGAAAAAUAUUCAAGCGAAAAAAGCGAUUGCAAGUUCUCGAGUUUUACCUGUACUAUAAUUUUUUAAUUUUUAUAGCACAAGUAAAUUGUAAUCAAGGUCUUGUAAUUUGCGUACUGAUACAUGAAGCUGUAAAUAAUUAAAUAAUAAAAAUAUUUACCCCCCACUUGCCAGCAACUUCUUCAACGAUCGGGGAUAUCAUAAUCCCUGACAGUGAUCCGACCGUGUUCAUAAUACCGUAAAGAAACCCGGCGUAAUUAGGCGACAGAUCUUGAUUGUUUGAUAAAUUUGAAAUGGAGGCUGCGCCAUUGAACCCGAGCGCGAGAAUCAGGAAAACGUUUGCCCAAACUAACGAGCACCCGAGAUAGCCGACCACUAUCAGACAAACACCCGGCAGUAAAUGCG